AUGAAGAAGUCCGAUACAAAACAGUUGUUGAGCCCUCUUGACGAGCCCAAUAAUAUACCAGCAGCUGGGGACUUCGACUUUUCCCAUGCUGUGUCGUCUUUUAAACCCGGAAACUAUGAAAUAGACGACUUGCCUAAGAGAAUUCCUAUUUUCAACCCCAAAACUGGAAAGAUCCAAAGAUUUGUCCGUAACAGAAGAGAAAUUCCUGCAAGAAGAGCUGUAAGUAUGCCCGUUCCUUCUACAUCGUCUUCUGGAUCAUUUCCAUCUGCAUUCUCCAAAGAACUUCCAUCACCACCAAUUUCAGAAGCUGACAAUGAGAGUGGAUCUUCUUCUGCCAACUCUCUGCUCUCUGAAUAUAGGGUUAUUUCUAUGUACACACAUCCAACUUCUUCCAUAGAUAAAUAUCAUGAGUCGUUACCUCCAUUACAUCCAUUGCCCCCGUUGCCUUCUUCGCAAGAUAGUGAAGAUGUUUCUUCAGAAUCUAGUCUGAUCUACUCUGAUCACAAAACAACUUACAGCAUGAAAAUAUCUUCUCCCUUUAAAGCAAAGAAUGUUAUCACAGACGAUGACGAAAGUUUGUUCUCUGAGCUUUCUCAUUCUUCUAGAACGGAUACUUCUUCGGACUUGAGUGAACAUUCCGAUUCUCCCAGCUUGAUUGCCAGAAGUAUUAUGUAUGUGGUUCAUGAAUACUCGUCUGCUACAAACUCAGAAGUGUCAUUGGCCACCACUGGACAGAAUAUACCUGUGGACGAUUACUACUGGAUGGAUGACCUUCCUGACAGUCUAUUCUCCAACAAUGCUGUCGAAGAAGAACCUAGAGAGAAAAUGAUCACUCCUUCGAACACCAAGAAACUAUUGGAACCAAUCAAGAUAGCUGCAACACCAAUGCCUCACAAGAAUAAACCCUUGCCAUUGCCAUUGCCGAUGCAGAAGUCAAGGAAAGGAAUGGACCGUCGAGUUCAGAACAAUUCAAAAGAAUGCAGUAGUAGCUUUAUAUCUCUGAAGAGUGGAGAAUCUUCUUUUACGGAAGCAAAACAUGGAUUGGCAGCGUAUGUGAGGCAAAACCCAUUCAAUUACAGUUUGGAUGGUCCAAAGCAAUACAAACUUUCCAGAUUUCCUUCUACUGCAGUGCCCAAAAAGAAGAGAGUACAAUCGGCAUACUCUACUAGCACACAAAAGUCUACAGAAAUGACCCCAUCCUCUAAACCAAGAACCGUCUCAAUGUACUCUGUUCCAUAUCCAACAUCAAAGAACCCGAUACCACCAGUGGUUUCUUCUAAGCAAGUUGUUACUCCCAAAGGAGUGUCAGGAACAUCAUUCCAGAAACCCAGGAAAAUAUCAGAAGGCAAGACUAGGAACUCAGCUUUACCCAGUCUUCCAGUAUACCCAACUUCCAGAGAAGGAGAGAAAGAAGAAAUGAUCAAGAACCAUGUCCUGUCAUUCUUACUCAAGAUGAAGCAGAUGAAGAAAGAACAGGGGGGUGGAGCUGUUAAACGACAGGGCAGAGCUCCUUCCUCUUCUAGUAAGAAUCUUCCCCAAGUGCCCGAAAUAGAAAGGGAUAACCGUUUCAGAAGAAAUGCCCAGGGCAUGAGGUGGUAG